CAAUCACGCUCCGCUCCGCCAUUGCUGGAUGUGGCUCGCGCUCGCCACCACCGCCGCCGAUUUUUCCAGAGCUCAACCUCCAUUCAGCCCCCUCGAGAACCCGCAGCACAGCCUCGGCGACCGGGCGAUCAAGGAUCUGGCAACGGGCAAGGAGGUGACGGAAGGCGACUGCUUCCGGCUCGCGUUCGACAACGGCCUCUCGCUUCGUGUCGCGACGUCAAAAGACGCCGAGCCGGGCACGGUUCUGGUCGCCGCGCGGCCGCGGUCGAGGAAGGCUGCAGAUAGCAGGCAGUCGGUGGAGCCGGUUGAGCAGGCGCUGCGCCGCUCGAUCGAGCGCGGCUUCACCACGGUCGUCAAGGCGAGCUACGAGACGCUGCGCACCAAGGCGGUCAAGGGAGAGCCCGCCCGCGCGCUGCGCCUCCGGCUGGGGCAUCUCUCGGGGGCGGAUGAGGAGGAGGUGGAUGAGAAUUCGGUCGUCUCGUUUGACUCUGUGCUCUGCGGUCUCGAGAGCUGCGGCGUCCGGCUCGCCCGACGGCAUCACGGCUGCGGCGAGUGAGGCGCAACUCGCGCACAGCAACGGACGACUCGAUGCGUUUGGCUUGGCUCCCUCUCGAGCAUAGCGCCCCGAGGACCUUGAAGCGUAGAGCGUCGUCGUAGAAUGCUCGACCCUUGCCGCCACCGCCGCGCACGAUUAGAUCUAGACGUCUUGCGCACGCGGCAAGGGAUCGGUUGGCCGUACCGCCGUGCGGGGCCCUCUCCACGCAGCGUCUAGCGGACACUGCGGCGGAUGAAACACAGGGCUCCGCCGUGCCGGUGGUGGCAUGAUUGUGUGCAUGACACAUCACUUAUGUGAGCGCCGUCCCUGUCUCGCUCGGAGAGCGAUUUGAUUUGAAUGAGCACACGUAUGUGCAUUUGUAUGAAGAACAUUGUGAGACGC